AUGGGAGACCUUCCAACCAUUUCCUCCACCACCAUCACUACCACCGGCGGCAGAAGUGGCAGCAAACGCAUGCGAUCGCCAACUCAAAAAAAAAGUGGAGAAGUGCCACCAUGGGUUUUGGUUAUGAUCAAGAUUAUGCAAUAUAAAGAUUGCCCUAUUCAUACUAACGAUAAGUUGGAUCGAUUUUGCAUCAACUGUAUCGGAUCGUUUUGUAAUGAAUGUAGUUCAAAACAUCAAGGACACAAGCACAUCAAGAUUCGUAGGUACAUAUAUCAAAAUGUAAUCAAUAGACCAGAUUUCCAGAAACACUUUGAUUGUUCGGGAAUUCAGGGUUAUGUAACAAAUAAAAACAAGGUGUUGUUCCUGAGGGUUAGGGAUAACAUUCAAGUCAAGGAACAACAAAAUAAUAGUUACCGCAGCUGCAUAAUUUGCAAUCAGACUUUGAUCGAUGCCAUUUAUUGCAGCAUCCAGUGCAAGGUUUCUGAUAUGAAAAAAGUAAACGCCGAAAAGAUUUCUGUUGAUAAUAAUAUUACCGAAAUCAAAGUUGAAGAAGAGUCGGAUCAUGAUGUACAUAAUGCAACAGAGAUAUCUCCGAAGGAAAGGAAACCACGAAAAGGGAUUCCAAAUAGGGCACCCCUAUUCUAA